AAAAAGGUAAUACUUUGUUUUCAAAUUGUAUAUAAAUUCUUUCAGUUUCCCCCCGGUUUGAUUCACCCACACUCCAACCCAAAAAUGCUCUACUUAUGCCUAUUAUUUCUCACCACCGUCGCCCAAAUCCCCUCCACCUCUCAACAACCAUCGCCACCCACCGACAUUUUCCUCCUCGCCGGACAGAGCAACAUGGCUGGACGAGGCGGUGUCACCAAUAGCACCCUCACUCACCACCCCACCUGGGACGGUGUUGUGCCACCCCAAUGCUCACCAACCCCUUACAUCCUCCGCCUCGCCGCAGAUCUCACUUGGGUUGAAGCUCGCGAGCCACUCCACGCAGACAUCGAUUUUCUCAAGACCAACGGGAUUGGGCCGGGCAUGCCCUUUGCCAACACCAUUCUAAUGGAUAAACCCGGGGGUCGGACGGUAAUCGGUCUGGUACCAUGUGCGAUGGGUGGGACUUCGAUCAAGGAAUGGCAAAAGGGAUCCAAUCUGUACAACCAUUUAUUGAGCAGAGCCGACGCAUCGGUUCUGAGUGGGGGUAAAAUUAAAGCGCUUCUAUGGUAUCAAGGUGAAAGCGAUACUGAAAAUGCAGAAGAUUCGGAGCUAUACGGUGGCAGAUUGAAGAAGUUUUUCACUGGCAUUCGCUCCGAUCUGAAGAUUCCAUUGCUCCCAAUUAUUCAGGUGGGUAUUGCGUCGGGAGAGGGAGAGUAUAAAGAAGGAGUAAGAAGGGGGCAAUUUGGAAUUGAUUUAGUGAACGUGAUGAUCGUGGAUGCAUUGGGGCUUCCAUUGGAACCAGAUGGGCUUCACUUGACCACUACUUCACAAGUUCGAUUGGGCGGGCUUUUGGCUGAUGCGUAUAGGCGAUUUCCAUCACACCCAUUGGCUACUCCCUUAACAAAUGCUGCUCCUAUCUCAAGAAUUUCUACCAUUUUCUUUCCAUUUGUUGGAUUUUUACGUUUUUGUUGCCAUUCUUACGUCUAAUUCUUUUGUAAUCAUCGACUUGCUUUUGCAUCAAUACUAUUAUUGUGAUGAUUCAAAGGUUCAAACGCAAAUGUUUGGUGUCUCUGUUUAUUAA